GCGUUUAUGGUGUGGAGUUGUGGUGUUGCAGCCGAACAAUUGAAAUGGUCGUUACGUUUCGCAGGGGUGUACAAUCGGUACAUUUUAUGAUUUAAAACCGUUUAUUGAAAAACAUAAAAAAAAUUGUAUUAUUACGCUAAAGGAGUAAAUAUUAAGUUUAGAAAAAAAUUGUAAACAAACCAAAAAUAACGAUUUAAGGUUCAGCGUGGUUGUACUUUAAGGAAACAUAAUUAUUCAAAAAAUAAACUCAAAGUAUCAUAAGUUAUGAGCCCAUGCCAAUUAAAAUUCAGCAUUUUUUGUUUGCAUAACUCAACUCAAAAUCAAUUUAAAAAAAAAGUUGGAUUACAAGAGACAUCGACAUUCGUCCAAGAAGUCGCAGUCUAUUCUAAACACAUUGUGAGAUUGAAAUAGUGGAACCAGACAUCCCACUCCAUUCUAGUCCAUGUUUUGCAAUUGUCUUUCUAGAUAUUGUGUGUUUUGUGUCUGCAAAUAUCACCAUUGUUCAAAUUGAAACCUUACCCAGCAAGUAUCGGUUUUGCAUUGAAGACUCAUUGAAGCUUUCAUGAUCGGGCGGUAAACGAUCUACGUGUUUAGCAUGCUAAUUCGUACGGAAUUACCACACAAAUACAGUGGUUGUAAACUUUCAUAAAGACUUUCCAUAGACGAAAUAUAAAACUAAUUUCAACCGUGGUACAUUUGUUGGAAACUGAACUGAAUUUGCAAAAUAAUCAUCAAGAAUGUCUUGGGAUUCAAAAUCAAAGAUUUUUCCCCGACUGAAGUCAGCAUUUAAACUUGAUUCCACAAUGGAGGUCGGAGUUGAUCAGCUCUGCCCAAAAGACUGCCCCAGUCGACGCAUCACGAUGUGCGCAGGUGAAAGCACGCGGCAAGAAAGCAAAAGCAAACUAACACCCGAACACAGAAGAAGUUGCGUACACCAAUAGCUGCUGCUUCUGCUGCAGCCGAUUCCCGUCAGGCCAGCAGCGAGACUAUGAAUGCUGUACUAUCCCCAUCGGCACACGGUUCCCUUGGUACCACGCGAAGCACGACUCGUCAGUCUCCGCGCAAGCCGCGAUCGGAGUGGAUCAGAGUCAGUCUCUUCCUGUAACGUUCUAUUGCACGUUCCUCCCCCUGUUCGGUUUGGGGCCGUGGCCGUGUGUGUGCCGUUUUUUUUUUUUUGCUUUCUUUCUCCACCAUCUAUUCACGGUUAAGGUUAACGUUCGCUUAACACCGUUUUCGGAAGCUGCGCCCUGAGAGUGAUCCCCGUCACGGCGACAAACGGCGUGAUCAUGAGUCACAAUCAUUACUAUAGGAUCAUCGUGGUCGGAGCGCUACUCCAGCUGACCACCCUCACCGCGCCCACCGCUGCUGUCCGUUACGUGCCAAAGUGGAAGAAGCAGGCCUGUGAACUGCCAACACCGCAAAACGAAUACUCGCACUACGUGUGUGACGACAACGGUGACGUAAAGUGUCUGCCUGGUUGGGCCGGCGAUCUGUGCGACGUGCCGAUCUGUAAGAAAGGAUGUGAUCCUCUCCAGGGUUACUGCAAGCGACCGGGCGAAUGUCGCUGCAAGUUAGGCUUUUACGGUGAAAACUGUAACCGGUGCAUUCCGCUGCCCGGAUGUCAGCACGGUGGCUGCCAGGUUUCGUUCGAGUGCGUCUGCCAUAAGGGAUGGGACGGUAUCUUCUGCUCGGAACCGAUCUGCCGUUCCGAUUGCCAUCCAUCGCGCGGAUACUGUGAGGCUCCGGGUGAGUGCCGUUGUCGGCUGGGAUGGGCCGGUCCAACCUGUCGCGAUUGUCAGGUACUGCCAGGAUGUAUGCACGGAACGUGCACCAAGCCGCUGGAAUGCAAAUGUCUUCCAGGAUGGACGGGAAUACUGUGCCAGACGCCGAUUUGUGCUUCCAACUGUAGCCGAGAGCAUGGAUACUGUAGGCGCCCGGGUGAGUGUCGCUGCAAGGUUGGCUGGAUGGGACAGGACUGUGGCAAAUGCCACCCGUAUCCCGGUUGCGUUAAUGGGGACUGUCGCCGACCGUGGGAAUGUAACUGUAAGCCUGGCUGGGGUGGAAUGCUGUGUGAUGAAGAGCUUAACUAUUGCGAAAAGAAUCCAGAUACCUGCCAGAACGGUGGCAAGUGUAAGUCUUUGAUCAAGGAUGAUGGAUCCUACCGCUGCGAAUGUCCUACCGGAUACAAGGGACGUAACUGCGAUAUCCUGCCCAUGUCCAUGAUGACUUCGACCAGCAGCAGCACCACGGAAGCUUCCACAUCUACAACGACCGAGGUGUCCAGCAGUGACACCUCCUCGGAACUGUCCACUACUACGAUCGGUAUGGAAAGUCUCGAAACGUACCGCAACUCAUCACAAUUGACGACCGGCGAGGAUUACCUAAACGAUGAGUACAGCUCGGAAGAUCUGGAUAACGAAGCCUAGCAAGGGCUACGUACUGAAACGUGCACCGCAGCUGCACUUUUAAUUCAUAUUAUUUAUUUCAUUUACUUUACCUAACUUAUUGAGUUGCUACCACACAACGAGAAACAUAGUGAGCGCAAAGAAAAUCACUUUUUAAACCUUUAAA